UUACAAUUUUAAUGUUACAUAUUAAAAUUCAUAUAUUUGACCAUUGAACAAAAUUUCUGUUAUCAGAAAUCUGAUAUUUGGCACUAUUAUCAAUAAACAUUAUUAUUAUUAUUUCAUUAUCAAUGCUAGAAUUUCUGAAACUUGAAAGUUGUAUCACAGUCUGUUAUUCACAGACUACUAGUUAGUCUUUGGUUGUAUGUCUGUGACUUGUAAUUUAUUUAUUAACAAGGUUAUGAAAUUUGUCAUACACAAAUAUUGAGUGUUACCAUAAAUUAUUGCCAUGAAAGUGACAAUAAACAUAUUUUGAAUCAAACAUUUAUUGAAGAUGGACCAGAAAAACUAUGCUUUCAGAUAUCCGCCACCUCCACCUCCAAAUUAUAUACCAACUAUUAUUCCUCCCCUUCCUACUGACAGUCCACCUAUAGUAAAACCACCACCCCCACCGCCUCCAACUACUGUUCAAAAUUGGACAAAUUGGUCAGUAGAUUUUUCUCGACCACCACCACCUGUUUUCAGUGGAUUAAUGACAGGAAACAACAUGAAUACAUUGAAACUUGCAUACAAUACGCCUAAAAAAACCGUUGUUUCUCCAAGUAUGAGCCCUGCAUCCAGUACGGAUAGUUCAGGUUAUUAUGGAAACAGUCCUUCAGAUAAUUCACAAUAUUAUGGAACGGAAAACAGACAAUAUCGAAGCAGAUAUAAUACAGAUCAAUAUGGUAGUUCUCAGAGUUGGUCUCCUCCAAAAUCGAUUUUUAAAAGGCCCAGGUAUGAAACACGUUUGGAUCAAAGAGGAGAAUCUUAUGAUAAUUAUGCUAAAUAUAAUGAUUUGAAGUAUACAAGAAAUACCACAAAUAUAGAUUCAAGAUACUCAAGAGAUAUAAAUAAUGUUGAUUCAAAGAAUCACAGGCCAAAUGAAGAAGUUCAAAGAUCUAAGAAGAGAAAGAAGCCAUUAUCUCAGGUGUCAGUUCCUGCUAAAAGGGCAUGGACAGAUGAAGAAGCACAAAUGGCAAUUGUCGUUGAAAGAGAAUACAAUAAACUCUUCAAAAAUCAUUCCUUGAAAAUCAAAUUUCCGGACCAGGAACUCAACAGGGAUAUAGUAUCAAAGUUUCAUUCUUCUAUAGAAACUGUUUAUUUCCAGCAACCGUCGAAUCCAAGGUUUUGUUUUGUGACUCUUGCAGACGGUGCUGAACCGAAUAAUGUAAUAGAGGAACUUAACAAAAUUAAAUUCGGAUUGGGCUAUUUAUCUGCGGAAUAUAAGAAAGACAGAGAAGAAGAACAAAACGUAGGCCCUGAAGAUAUUGAUCCAUUAACUUUGUAUGUAGGAAAUUUAGCGCAAGAAGUAACUAAAGAAGACAUGGUUACAUUUUUUCCAAAAAAUAAAAGAAUCGAUAUUGGUUUUGCGAAAAAAAUGCGCUACACCAGGUAUGCAUUUGUUUCAUUCAAAAAUGUGCAAGACUCGAUAGAAGCAUUCAAAGCUACGCAUUAUGCUGAUCUUCAUUCAAAAAGUAUGAUUGUUAGAUUCAGAAGAUUGCAUGGGACUGUUGGAAUGCCAGGAGAAGCAAAGAGCUUUUCCAAUUCAAAAGAGAAUCAAGAAGAAAAGAAAAAAGAAGACAGCGCAUCGACUGAGAAAGUUGAUGGUUCAGAUAAUUCUCAACAUAAGGAACCCGAUGAAAGUGACUCGUAUAGUGCAUCGACUAGUUAUGAUCCUCAAAACUCUUCACCAAGUCAUUCCCCCAAUCCUAACAAUUGUGAUCGAAGAACUACAAGUGAAAGUUCAGAAAUAUCGAAUUUUGAUCCUAGUUUAGUGAAAAGUGAACCAUAUGAUUACAAUGAUGAAGAUUAUGAAGACUGUCAAGUGGAAAAAACAGAAGAACAAUUCACUCCGACCCAAAUUUCUUCAGAAGAAAUAACAGUACCUGAGAUUGAAACUACAGUUUCUGAUAAUAUAUCCUUAGAAGCAGCUGUCAAAAAGGAACCAGAAUUGAUAACCCCUUUUGCAUCUGAAAUUCCUGAAUCACAUUUUCCAAUAAGACCUAUUCCAUUGAAAAAAGAACCAAAUGAUAAUGGGGAAGUAAACACCAUUUCUUCAAAUCAACAAAUCAAUGAAGAAUUUAGCUUACCUAAUGGUCUGAAGGAGCCAAAAAUUGAAGCCGUUCCAGAGAUUCUAGAACCUGUAAAUCCAGAUGAUAAUGAAGAAGAAUUCAAUACCACAACGGAUUUUGGAUCGGUUCUGGACAAUUUGCAAAGAAGACCCUUCAUGCCGUGAGGCUGGAAUGAACCUGUUUUGUUAUUGAAAAGGCUGAGGUAAUGUGAUUCCCAAUACGGUUCAUUUUUUCUGAAAUAGAAUUUCUUUAAAAG